GCGCAAACUUCCUGGGCCGGCGGGCGCGGGCGGCGGCGGCGGGGCCCGGAUGGGCGUCCGGGCCGGAGGCGGCGGCGCCCAUGGACGCUAACCGCCCGGGCGCGUUCGUGCUGAGCAGCGCGCCGCUGGCUGCGCUGCACAACAUGGCCGAGAUGAAGACGUCGCUGUUCCCGUACGCGCUGCAGGGCCCGGCCGGCUUCAAGGCGCCCGCGCUGGGCGGCCUGGGCGCGCAGCUGCCGCUCGGCACCCCUCACGGCAUCAGCGACAUCCUGGGGCGGCCGGUGGGCGCGGCGGGCGGCGGCCUCCUGGGCGGCCUGCCCCGUCUCAACGGGCUCGCCUCGUCGGCCGGCGUCUACUUCGGGCCCGCGGCCGUGGCGCGCGGCUACCCCAAGCCGCUGGCAGAGCUGCCCGGGCGCCCGCCCAUCUUCUGGCCCGGCGUGGUGCAGAGCUCGCCCUGGAGGGACCCGCGCCUGGCCGGCCCGGCCCAGGGCGGCGGGGUCCUGGACAAGGACGGCAAGAAGAAGCACUCACGGCCGACCUUCUCGGGCCAGCAGAUCUUCGCGCUGGAGAAGACCUUCGAGCAGACCAAGUACCUGGCGGGCCCGGAGCGCGCGCGCCUCGCCUACUCCCUGGGCAUGACCGAGAGCCAGGUCAAGGUGUGGUUCCAGAACCGCCGGACCAAGUGGCGCAAGCGGCACGCGGCGGAGAUGGCGUCGGCCAAGAAGAAGCAGGACUCGGACGCCGAGAAGCUGAAGGUGGGCGGCUCGGACGCGGAGGACGACGACGAGUACAACCGGCCCCUGGACCCCAACUCGGACGACGAGAAGAUCACGCGGCUGCUCAAGAAGCACAAACCCGCGAACUUGGCGCUGGUCAGCCCGUGCGGCGGCAGCGCGGGGGACGCCUUGUGAGCACGGGCGCGGCCGGAGCAACCAGGGUCGGGGCGGGCGGCGCCCCUCGCCGCCGCCCGCCCGUGUGUAUAUAUAUUUUUACAGAAUAAGUUAUAAAGCGUCCGGCGCGGGCUCGGGAGGGCUCGGGGCCGCGCGUCCCGGGCGGAAUCACUUUGUAUAAUCAAUAAAUUAUUUAACACGUCCCCGGUGGAGCCGCGGCUCCGGAGGCUGCACCGCGUGUGUCUUCCUUCUCGCAAACCCCGUUCCCACCUCCCCCGCGGGUCCCUGCCCACCCCUGCAGCAGCCUAAGUCCCCGCGGAGCCGGGCCAGCGGCGAGGCGCGCGGUGCGACCCCGGCCCGCGUGUCUGCAGGCUCGGGCAGCGGCAGCUCGCAGGAGCGAGCGGACAGCGAGGGCCCAGCGCGGGGAAGGGCGACCGCGGCCCGGAGACCCCCUCGGCCGUCCCCGGAGCGCCGGAGGAGCCGUGAGGCCAGCGAGCGCCCAGCGGAGCCGAUGGCCGCGGAUGGAAACGCAGCGGGGCAGGGGCGCGGCGCUGGCAGGGGCG